CUUCCUCCCUCCGUCUCCCACUCUCCAUCUCCUUCUUCCUCCGUCGCAUCACCCCAGUGGUUGCACGCACGGACAGAUCGACCAACAAACCUCCAGCCCACGCAGAAAUUAACCAAGGGCCGGACCGAUCCGCACCAUCCCGCCAUCCAACCGUGGGCGAGCGAGGCCGGCCAGUCGGUCGACCACCGGAGAAGCGCGGGAUUCUUGCCCCGUCUCCCAGCCGCCGGGUUUAGGCCGCAGACGUACGCCGGAGCGGCGGGUGUUCGCCAUGGAUGUGGAGGGCGCCACCGUGCAGCCGAGGAAGAAGAAUUCUUGGGGUUGGCAAAAAGGGACACUUCUGCUGGCGUACCAGAGCUUCGGCGUCGUUUACGGCGACCUUUGCAUAUCACCCGUCUACGUGUACAAGAACACCUUCUCCGGGAAGUUGCGUCUCCACGAGGAGGAUGAAGAGAUCCUCGGCGUGCUAUCGUUGGUUUUCUGGAGCCUCACCCUCGUACCGCUCCUCAAGUACAUCAUCCUCGUCCUCGGCGCAGACGACAACGGAGAAGGUGGCACGUUCGCACUGUACUCCCUGAUGUGCAGGCGCUCCAGAAUGGGGCUCCUCAACAGCUUGCACGCCGGCCACGGCUCCGUGUCGUCCUACAACCAGGACGAGCCCUGCAAGGAGACGCGGAGCAGCCUGGCCAUCAGGGGGUUCUUCGAGAAGCACCACUCGCUGCGCGUCGUGCUGCUGCUGUUCGUCCUCAUGGGCACCAGCAUGGUCAUCGGCGACGGCGUCCUCACCCCGACCAUGUCAGUGCUGUCAGCAGUCUCCGGCCUCAGGAUCAAGUUCCCGGAGCUACAUGAAAACUACACGGUGCUGCUCGCGUGCGUCGUGCUGGUGGGGCUCUUCGCGCUGCAGCACUACGGUACGCGCCGCGUAGGGUUCCUCUUCGCGCCGAUCCUGCUCUCCUGGCUCGCCUGCAUCGGCGGGAUCGGGAUCUACAACAUUUUCAGGUGGAACCCGACCGUCGUCCGCGCGCUGUCCCCGUACUACAUCUACAACUUCUUCAGGAAGGCCGGCAGGGACGGGUGGAGCUCGCUUGGAGGGAUUGUGCUCUGCAUCACAGGUGCUGAAGCAAUGUUUGCAGACCUUGGGCAUUUUUCAAAGCUUUCACUGAGGCUUGGGUUCACGAUAGUGGUGUAUCCUUGCUUAGUUCUGGCGUACAUGGGGGAGGCCGCCUAUCUGUCCAAACAUAGGGAGGAUCUCCAGAGCAGCUUUUACAAAGCUCUUCCAGACCGUGUGUUCUGGCCUGUUCUGUUCAUCGCGACGCUGGCCACCGCCGUCGGGAGCCAAGCGAUCAUCUCCGCCACGUUCUCCAUCAUAAGCCAGUGCCGGGCCCUGGGCUGCUUCCCGCGCAUCAAGGUGGUGCACACGUCCAGCCAUGUCCAUGGCCAGAUCUACAUCCCGGAGGUGAACUGGACGCUCAUGUCCCUCUGCCUCGCCGUCACCAUCGGCUUCCGUGACACCGAGAUGAUCGGCAACGCCUACGGGCUGGCUGUGAUCUUGGUGAUGUUCGCGACGACGUGCCUGAUGUUCCUGGUGAUCACCACGGUGUGGAACCGGUCGGUGCUGUGGGCGGCGCUCUUCGCCGCCGGCUUCGGGUCCAUGGAGCUGCUCUACCUCUCGGCGUGCCUGGCCAAGGUGCCGCACGGCGGCUGGCUGCCGCUGCUGCUCUCGCUAGCCACGCUGCUCGUCAUGUCGGCGUGGCACUACGGCACGGCCAAGAAGCAGGAGUACGAGCUGCAGAACAAGGUGUGCCUGGACCACUUCAUCGGCCUCAGCUCCGGCAUGGGCCUCGUGCGCGUCCCCGGGGUCGGGUUCGUCUACUCCGACUCCGUCGCCGGCGUGCCGCCCAUGUUCGCGCACUUCGUCACCAACUUCCCGGCGUUCCACCGGGUGCUCGUCUUCGUGUCGCUGCAGACGCUGACCGUGCCCAAGGUGCCGCCGGAGGAGCGGUUCCUGGUGGGCCGGAUCGGGCGGCCGGAGCACCGGAUGUUCCGCUGCGUGGUCCGGUACGGGUACAAGGAGGGCCGGUGGGACCACUUCAACUUCGAGGACCAGCUGCUGGUGAAGGUCCUGGAGUUCCUCCAGCUGCAGCAGGCGGACGGCGACGGCGAGCGGUGCAGCACCGGGUCCGGCGAGAUGUCGGUCAUCCCGGCCGCGCCCAGCCAGGCCGUCGUGGACGCGCUGGCGUCGAUGAGCUCCGGCGAGAUCGAGUACUACGCCGGCGGCGGCGCCAAGAAGGUGCGGUUCGAGGAGCUGCCGGCGGCGUGGAGGAGGGAGGAGACGAUGUCGGAGGUGAGGGCGCUGCUGGAGGAGCGGGAGGCCGGGGUGUCGUACAUGAUCGGGCACACCUGCGUGUUCGCGCACGAGUCGUCGUCCGCGGUGAAGAAGUUCGCCGUCAACGUCGUGUACGGGUUCCUCCGGCGCAACUCGCGGAGGCCCGCCGUCGUGCUCGGCAUCCCCCACACCUCCCUCAUCGAGGUCGGCAUGGUUUACAGGGUGUGACUCACAUCGUCUCGCUGGCCGGGGCCGCCGGUCGCUCGCUCGCUCGCUGAAGAAGAAGAAGAAGCGUAGUUGUAGGCUACAGUAGCUCAAGAUAACUGAAGAAUAACAACACCUCGUUGCUCCUGAAAUGAAAAUCAACAUAGCAUGCAUGCUGUUGUUUGCGGAUUAUGAUCACAUCGGUACUGUCUGGUUUAACUCUGCCGGCGGCGAAGUAACGAGAGAAGCAUGCAGUCCGAUUGCCCGCUUGCUCGCUCGCUCGAAUAGUUGUAGGCUCAAAUGUAAGUGAACAUGACUGAAGCCUCGUUUGGUAGAGAGGGAUUUGGUGAAUGCUCUCUUCCACCCAAUCCUCUCAAAUCAUAACAGUUGUAGGCUCAAAUGUAAGUGAACAUGACUGAGUCCCCAAUCCUCCUUCAGCCACAAUCCCUUUUGUAUAACAGUUUCUGUUUGGCAGGCAAGGUUUGUCAUUGAGACAAGAUGCUGC